AAUACUUUACAAAGGGUGUCGCUUUUAAAUAAUAGUAUGGGCAGAACUAUUUGUUCACUGUUUGUCUUAUUAUGCCUAGAAGUCCUGGUUGAGAGAAUCCUGAAAUAAAUGAAGAAGAAAUGUUAGAAACGUAUUAGAUGAAAAUGAAAUUUCACUCGAUCUGAUUGACAUACAAUAAAUAAAGUGUAAUUCGAGUAGUUGACUUAUAUUUAAAGCGCGUGCACACCGGAACGUACCUUCUGACCAAUCACGAUCGAGCCGCCGAUAGAGCGGCUUGCCACAUGGCACAUGUAUAGCAGAAACAAGUGUGUAAGAAUACAGAACCUACAGAACAUAGAGCGGUUCAGCGGUGUGGUUGAGGUUACUGGCAAAAGAACGGUAUUUGAUAACUCGAUAAUAUGGCAGAAAAAGAUCAUUGUAUGUACUUUUUGGAAAAGAAGAAGCGUUACUGUCGUAUGACAUUGAAAGAGGGAAACAGAUAUUGCGGUGAACAUCAAGGAUCUUCCUUCGAACCGGAUCAUGCCAACGAAACAAUUGCGAAUAAGCGAAUAAAAUGCCCGCUUGACCCUUCACAUACGUGUUAUCAAUCGAAAUUGCCUAAACACUUGAAGAUAUGCAACGCGAAACGUUUAUCUGAUGCCCAACCAUCGUUCAUUGUAAAAGGAAUUAAUACGAAUAAAGAAUAUGAAACUCCACGGCACGUUCCACUUUCAGAAUUAAACGAACUGUUAAUAUGCACAGUAAUAGAAAAAAUAAACGCUGCCUAUGAGAAAUUACCGCAGUUUCCUGAAUCAGUGCUGAUGCACGAGAUGCUUCGAGAAAAGAUAGACCAUGAAUUGUGUGGAAGAUCUAUUAGAAAACAUAUGUUACAAACCUCUUCCUUGUUGUCACACUUAGAACACGCAAAUCUUAUAAAAGAUCGUACGUGCUUUAUCGAAUUUGGAGCAGGAAAGGGUAAAUUGACCUAUUGGCUGGGUCAGAUAAUAAAGGAUAGGAAGGACUGUUGUAUUUUAUUGAUAGACCGUUCCAGCCAUAGACACAAAAGCGACAAUAAGUUAAGAAGAGAACGAUCACCUCUGGUAAUAGAGAGAAUACGUGCCGAUAUUGCCGAUUUGAAACUGACAGAUGUAACACAAAUUCAGAAUUUUCCGAACAAAGUAGGAAUCGCUAAGCACCUAUGCGGCGCAGCUACAGAUUUAGCUUUAAACUGCUUGGUUCAAGCAACGCAAACCGAGCCAAAGUUAAAUGUUACUGGUUUGGUAAUUGCAUUAUGUUGCCAUCAUAAGUGCGAAUACGCUUCGUACGUUGGCAAAGAGUUCUUGAACCAAUGUGGAUUCGCACCAAACGAAUUCACAGUUUUAUGUAGCAUCGGGAGUUGGGCAACUUGUGGGCCAAGUUUAAAUAAACAAAUUAAAAAUCUACAUAGUAAAAACGAUUCAGAGGAUACGAGAACGAAUGUUAAGACUUUAACUCCCGAAGAACGGGAAACGAUCGGUCGUAAAGUGAAGUCAUUGCUGAAUUGGGGUCGUUUGGAAUAUUUAAAAAGCGCUGGAUUCCAAUGUAAUUUAAUCUAUUAUACAACUACCGAUAUAUCCUUAGAGAAUAUGUGUAUCAUAGCUACAAAAAUCUAAUACAAGACUGUACGAAUCAUUAUAGAGAAUACUAACUGUAAUUUAUUUUAAUAAAAUUAAUCAACAAACUUUUGUUACAGUA